UGGCUAACUCAGGGUGGGGGAUGGGUGGCAUUAAACAGUGGACUGGCUAACUCUUAAACCUCUGCUGCAUUCAAGGAAAAUGUGUAACUACCAGUACACUAGUUACACUCAACAUCAAAUCUGAACCCUGUCUUUUUAAAUAUAAAUUUCACACUGUGUUAAAAAGUGCAUAACAAUUUCCUUAAAAGUCAUUACAUGAGCAAUUUUUCAAAAGAAAUAUUUUUAAUCUAUUAAAACGUGGAGAUCUGCACGCAGUUCUCAACUUUCCCAGUGCUCCUGAAAGCAACAUCAGUGAGGGGAUUCACGCAGCUGCAGAGCAUCGGAGAAGCAGAUGGAAACUGUUUCAGUGUUUGGAACCAGAAAAAAGUCUGCAACUAAACCAGAUAAUGAGCAGAAGGAAGAAGAACAGGAAGAGAUAAUGGAGCUUUCUGCUUCAGAGGACUUUCUCUCAGACUCCAGCCAUGAUUUGGACAGUGAUUAUAUCCCAUCAGCUCCUCCUUCCUCAGAGGAUGAACUAACCUUUUCACAGCCUAAGCUCAUGAAGACACAUGAUGCAUUAAAAAACCCUGGCAAAACCUCUCUCAGCCAAAGCUAUGUUCAUGAACAGAAGACACUGAUGGACAGUGGUAAAAGUAAUGAAGCUCUGGACAUGCAUUACAAUGCAGAUACUGAGGAAGAAAAUCCGGAGGAAUAUGAAGAUGAUGAGGAACCUGACAUUCUGACUCAGAGGCCCACAAGAGCAGAACCAUCAGAUGAUCACAGACAGACAGCAGGAAAAAGAGUGACGUACAGAGGAAAAGGGCCAAGGAAGAAGGUUGAACCAGCUGAAGAUUCAGAUGAUCAGGGAGAACCACUGAGCCAGUGCUCAAAAUAUGCAGAACCAUCAGAGGACAUCAAGAAGAAAUAUAAGAUAGGUACCUACAAAGUAAAAAGGUCAAGAAAGAUUGUUGAAUCACCUGAAGAUUCACAUGAUGAGACAGCACAAGAUCAGGCAGAACUGUUGAGCCUAAGCUCCAAAUCUGCAGAACCAACAGAGGGCUUCAAGAAGAAAAAGAAGACAGGGACCUACAAAGGAAAAAGGCCAAGAAAGAUUGUUGAAUCAGCUGAAGAUUCAGAUGAUCAGGCAAAACUGUUGAGCCAAAGCUCCAAAUCUGCAGAACCAACAGAGGGCUUCAAGAAGAAAAAGAAGACAGAACUGGAUCAGCUUCUUCUCACCAAACAAGGGGUGAAAAAAAGGCCUUGGAGUUCAGCUGAGAAAGCAGCAGUAUGGCGACAGCUUGGAAAGUACAUAACCUUAGAGACCAUUCCUGGUAAAGUACCUUAAGGCACUUAAGACAGAGCCAGUGCUCAAGAGUAGAACCUGGAAAGAUAUUAAAAACCAUGUCUACAACUCCAUCACAGCACAGAAGAGGAAACGGUUGUAAACUGUUUGCGUUCGCAUGAUUGUUCGUGGUUCACAUGUCUCAGUGUUGUGAGGUGGAGUUCUAUUGGUGUGACACAAUGAGGCCUAGGUGUGUUGAUGCUAGGCAUGUUUCUAAGCUUUUAUAUAUAUAUAUAUUUUUAAAUUUGGAACAGAUGUAUGUUCACACUGGCUACAAUCAUAAAAACUACAUUUUAAAAGCCACUUUUUCCCCCAGUUUAUUUUUCAAAAGCAAUUGAAGUUAAAAUAACGAAAGCUGUCAUUUAAAAUGUCCAGCUAUUUAUAGGAUUUUAAAAAAAAUCCUUGUUUUUCUGUUUAAUUUAAUAAAAGGAUGCUUUGCAAAGAAAUUGUUUCUUUUUAAUGAAACUGCAUGAAUUAGUCUAAAGUUUAUAUAUAAUCUAAACGUAAAAAUCGGGAAGAAUGAUUUAAUUUUUGUACUUGACAAAUAAAAUGUAAUAGAUAAAUGUAAAAAUCCCAGCACUGUAGCUGCUAAACUUGCUAGAAUCUAUCUAUCUAUCUAUUUAUCUAUCUGUCUGUCUGUCUGUCUGUCUGUCUGUCUGUCUGUCUGUCUGUCUGUCUGUCUGUCUGUCUGUCUAUCGUCUAUCUAUCGUCUAUCUGUCUAUCGGUCUCUGUCUGUCUGUCUAAUAAAUUCAUUUUUAUCUGUGUCAAAUACAUUAUAUAUUUAUCUAUAUAUCCAUCUAAUAAAAAAUUCAUUUGUAUCUA